AGACAAGAGAAUAUACGAGAAACAAGGACUGACCGCUUACGUCUGACCUACAGCUCUCAUGUCUCCCAUUUGGCUUGGACGAAUAUGUCUGGUCCUGCUGCUGUGCAGGAUUGUGGCAUCGGGAGCCAACAGCAGAUCUAAUCGAAGAAAACGAGAAUGGAUUCUUCCACCAACAAGACUUUAUGAAAAUGUUGACUACACAAAAGAGGAGUUUGUGGCAAAAAUCCGGUCUGAUAAAGAUAUUAACUGGCAAAUGGUGGAAUAUGGACUAACAGGUCACGGCUCUGACAAACCACCCUAUAACUUGUUUGUUAUCAAUCCUGAAAAUGGCUAUGUUAGGGUCACCGGCCUGCUAGACAGAGAGAAAACAUCCUUAUACAAUCUGACUGGCAUAGCAAAAUUUCGUAACGGAUCAAUAGCAGAGGAAAACAUUGAGCUGAAGGUUAAAGUUGAGGAUCAGAAUGAUAACUCACCAAUAUUCAGAGUGCAAAGUGGAUCUGUGUGGGAAAGCAGCAAGAUUGGAACCCCUGUCAUGCGGAUAAUAGCUACUGACGCGGAUGAGCCGGACACUCUUAAUUCCAAAAUAGCGUACAGUAUAUUAAGACAAACCCCAGCCGAAUCCAGCCAUAUGUUCUCCAUUGAUAAAACAACUGGGAUAGUCUAUGUGAAGGAGAAAACCCUGGAUCGAGAGAGACAUGACACAUAUACUUUAAUAGUUCAAGGAGUUGAUAUGAACGGAGCUCCGUCUGGCAACACAGGAACAGGCACGGUGCAAAUUCAUGUUUUGGAUAUAAAUGACAAUGUUCCCACUCUUGAAAAAGAAGAGUAUUCAGGCAGUGUUGAUGAAGGUGUGACUGAUGUGGUUGUCAUGAGAAUUAAAGCCCUGGACAAGGAUCUGGAAUUCACUGAUAACUGGCUGGCAGUGUUUGAUAUUCACAAGGGAAAUGAAGACAAUCUCUUCACUAUUGAAACGGACCUUAAAACGAAUGAGGGAAUUCUAAAACUUGUCAAGCCUGUUGAUUUUGAAAAGAUAAAAGAAUUGGACCUCAGUUUGGUUAUUUCAAAUGUAGCUCCUUUCAUUAACGGAAGUGCUUUAGAGCUGGAUGUUAAUCUGGACAAGAAUUUAGAAGGGGCUGGAGCGGGCCUAGGAGCAGGGGCUGGGGCGGGAGCAGGUUUGGGGGCGGGGUUAGGAUUAGGCUUAGGUUUGGGAGUUGGACUGGAUGCUGGACUGGAUGCAGGAUUGGAUGCGGGAUUGGAUGCAGGGCUGGAUGCAGGACUGGAUUUGGGUGCUGGAUUGGAUGUAGGUGCUGGACUGGAUGCUGGAUUGGAUCUGGGUGGUGGAGUGGAUCUGGGAGUGGAUGCAGGUGGCGAUGUUGGGCUUAAACCUGAUGGUAAACCUGGAGUUAAGCCUGGAGCUAAACCCGGCCCCUCACCUGGUGUCAAGCCUAGAACAAAACCUGGUACUAAACCUUCUGGCAAACCCGGAUCUGAUCCUGAUAAAAAGCCAGCUGGGAAAGGUUACCCAGUCAAGAUCAGUGUAAACAACCUACCUGAUGGUCCUAGCUUCUCACCUUCUGUGAAAGACUUCCCAGUAUCAGAAGAUACAGAUGAUGAAGAUUUCCCAGUAGUGCUGGGCACGUAUGCUGCUUUGGAUGGUGACACUGGAGAACCAGCUGAAAAUGUGAGGUACGCUAAAGGUCAUGAUCCUAAUAACUGGCUAACCAUUGAUGAGGAAACUGCUGAGAUUAAACUGAUGAAGGCUCCUGAUCGAGAAUCAAAGUUUUUGGUCAAUGGAACCUACUUCGCAAAGAUUAUCUGCAUGACUCAAGAUGUGCCAGCUAAGACAGCUACUGGGACAAUAGCAUUAAAGGUGGAGGACUCAAAUGACCACUGCCCCACACUGACCAGCACCUAUCAACAAACUUGUGCUAAUAAUAAAGUGGUAAAUGUCACAGCUUUCGAUAAGGAUGCUGAUCCAAAUGGUGCACCUUACCACUUUGUUCUGAUAGAAGAGGAAAGUGUGGGAAAAUGGAAAAUGGUGCCUGUGAACGGAACAACAGUGAGCUUUUAUGCGCUGGAGGCUUUGUGGCCAGGCACGUACAAACUGACAGUGAAAGUCUCUGACGCUCAGGGUCUGGCCUGUCCGGACAACCAAAAGUUUGAUGUAGAAGUUUGCAGCUGUGAGAAAAAAGGCUCAUGUGGGCCAAGGGUGGCCGCACAACGUGGCUUACCAUUUAAAAUAGGAACACCAGCCAUUGGCAUGUUCCUCAGUGGCGUAGCUUUGCUCCUCUUGGUACCCUUCCUCCUGAUCUUCUGCCGGUGUGGGUCCAAAGGCCAAUUCACAGAUUUGCCCUUUGACGCUAAAGAAUCUCUAAUUGAAUAUCACACUGAAGGCAUAGGAGAGGACAAGGAGGUUCCUCUUCUCAGCAGUCCUGUUGCGACAACAGACCAAAAGCAAGUGCUCCAGAAUGGAACCUUUUCUAACAAUGUAUCCAAUAACGUAUCCUCAUUGCCCCUUCAAGCAAGUGUCGUAAAUGACAACAGAACAUUCAAGAGGGAAAUAAACGAUGGGUUUACAGAAACUGACAGCAAAAGGUUUUGGUACCAGCAAAACACCCUUUCAACAGCCAACCAGCACAACAGUGCUCUCUACUCUACAUCACUCGCGUUUGAAAAACAAGACAUAUAUGAGGAUAUGACAGUCGGAGAUGCCUUUCUCAAUCAAUACUACUCUCAGAAAGCACACUGUCUUGCAGCAAACUCGCCUCAGAAAGACGGUCUUCUGUUGUAUGAGUAUGAGGGUCAAGGCAGCCCUGCUGGCUCUGUUGGUCCCUGCAGCAUCCUUGAGUCUGACAAUGACCUGGAGUUCCUAAACAACCUGGGGUCAAAGUUCCUUACCCUAGCAGAGAUAUGCCAUCCUCCAGAGCCUUCUUUACCACCUCCCAAAACUGUCAAAUCAGUUGAAACCAGCUUCAAAACCGAGAGCUCUGUCAGCACCAGCGCCGUCCAGGUUACCAAAACCAUCCCACCUCCACAAGAAGUACAACAUAGCUCUCUUACCAAAGUUGAGACGAUUAAUAAAUCAGCCACACUUUCAACUGCCAAAGCAAGCCAGAUGGUUUUCGUGCAACAGCAGCCUCUAUACUACUUAGUGGAGCAGCAAAUUCCAAACACGGUUUUUGUUGAGAGUCCCACUCAGGGUUUGUAUGUAAUAAAUGGGAAUCCUGGGACGGAAGGUUUGAUCCUCCAAGGUGGAAAUCUUUCACAGGCGACUCUAAGCCGAGGACAACAAGCAAUGUAUGUGGUUAAUGGAGCCCCUGUAGCUGGUAAUCAGCCAAUACAGCUGCAAAUGGAAGGACAGGAACAGGUGCUAGGAUUUAGCCCCGUCUCGUCUCCCAUUGGAUCGCCUGGUGGCGUACUGCUAAUGCAGACGCACUUUCAGGAGAGCUCAAUGCCAGGGGCGACUGGCACACCACCAAUCUUGCUAGCUGAUGUUUCAACACUGGGCAAACAAAAGAAAAAGAAGACACCCGAGCCGUUGGGUACUAAAGGAGUGGAGCCUAAAGUAAAAACUGUGCCAUCUAAAUAGAUAUGAGAAGAUCCAAGAAAAAAAGCUACAAUAACAGGGUACAAAAUUAACCCUUAUUUUGGUGAAACAAAACGAGAUAUCAUUGUAGAUCAAUAGGGGAGGU